AUGGCUCAGCUAUAUGCAAUUUCAGGCAGUUUAUUUCCCGCGUCAGCUACCAAGGCCGACAAAGAAGGAUUUGAAGAUUUGGCGAAAGCGUUAAUUAUUGCAACAAGACAGCCCAUUUACAACGCUACAGAAGAUAUUGAUGGGACGCUAGAGUUGUUAGAUGCGCAUUCUGCUCCUGAGUGGCAGACGGGCCUCUUUGUCGGCAUGGGUCUCGUCUCGCCCAUAUGCGCUACGCUUGAUACAUCGACGCGCAAGUUACGCCGCGCUGGCAAACUCAUGCACCCGCUGGCAAACUCAUACAACGGAAAACUAAUUAUGAGAAGAAAGCAUGUAGGCGCUAGAGGCGCCAAUCCUGGUGCUGGUUCAUAUGAACAAGGGUCAAAUGACGUAUCUGCACACAAUGAAGUUUUUGCGCAUCUUGAUAUCGGCACGAGUAACGAGUCGGCGGCCACGCCUGAAGUUGCCGACGAGCUGGACCGAGUCAUGCGUCCGGUUUCUUUUUUGCGAAGAUGA